UGCCAUCUUGCGCAAGCUUGGGACAGCCAUCCGUCUUCGCCACCAGUACUCUCUCAAAAUGGCUCCCGAUGCCGGCCAUACGCAUGUCCUGAACACACUUUGUGCGAUCGAGGUCCAGUGGACGCCGCUGGUGCCCAUCAAGACGCCAGGUCCUGUUAGUGAAGCGAGUGGCGAUGCAGCUAACAGCCAUGUCAACGUGACCAACGCCUUUGAGGCCCUCGCCACCGACGACGUGGAUGACGACGCCGACGUGUGGGCAGAGACGCCGAUGACGCCGUUCGACAUGACGACCUUCGUCACGCCGGUCGGUGCUGCCGACGCAGCCCGCGCAGCGCUCCUGGCGCGUAUCGAAGACGAGAAGUUCCAGUGCAGAUGCUUCCUCCUUGACUUUGACGACCUGAUGCGCGAGGUCAAACUUGCCUGGAAAAUGUUCAAGGAUGGUCAGACGUCGUUGCUCGCAGCGACGGCCGUCACCAAUGCCUGCGUUCACUCCGUCCAAGUGCUCGGCAACGAUUUGAGCUUUGCCCACCCGCAUCUCAAGGACCUCGACCAUAUUUUGGCGGUUUUCGUGUGCAGCGACCUCCUCGUGGACCUCGUCUCGGACCACGAUGGCCUCCGACUUGGCACUGCCGUCGAGCUUGUGGUGCUGGCCAAGCGGUCGAUGAUCGAGCGUCUCCGCCCCGGUGCCGAGCGCACGAUCGCCAAGACGCUCAAAACGACGACGGCGGCGGCAGCGUACUACCAUGCCAGCGUCUGUGCUCAGUUUAAUUUUGAGCUCGCAUCUGCCAUCUUCAACGGGCCGUCGACAUUGGACCGCAGCCUCAUGUUGCUCCAGGACAGACUGGUGUGCACGCACGACGCCAUCAAACCCGAGAAGUGCAUGAUCCUACGGGACGGGUUCUUUGGCCGUAGCUGGGCCGAGCCGCACGAGCUCGCGUCGUCGCUCGAGGACUUGCACCAGACGUUUUUUGGUCAUAUUUUGCCUCUACUCGUAAUUCAUGUGCGCGAGCGAAACACCUUGAAGACUGCAAACGAAACAUCGACAAGCCCUCUUCUGGAGCUUGUCCGGGCGUACGUCAAGUCCAAGGACAUCUCGUUGGCCCUUAUCUUUGCCUGCCAAUCGCUUUUGUGGAGCCUCUUGUGCACGCAAGGCACGCCAAAUGACGCGAUGCACUGCGCCAAGGUCGUCGACGACACGCGCGUCACGAUCGACCGCUUGGCGCGUGACAUGCAAGCACUUCGCGACAACGUGGACGGCAUCCUCGUCCCGCCAACAACAGAGAAGAACACGCUCAAUGUGCUAUUUUGGUUCGACACGCUGCGCCGUAUUACGUCGCCCAACAACUCGUUCUCGCAACUCGAAGUCGACCGCGCGUGGUUCAACCCGUACAUGGCCGGCCAGCUCCUCCUCACAGUCACGAUCGAAAUUACCUUUGUCAUGGGCUUGAUCACCAUGGAUGACAUUGGCCAGACGCGCAUGGUCCUUCACCUCUACAACGCGCUCCGCGUUCUCGACAAAAUCCCGCCGAACAGAGACCUCGACAACUUGGUGGCGAUGUUUGAGCGCGGCAAGUCGGUUUGGGUUGGUGGUCGUCCGACGGCCCGUGGCGGCUUUGUCAAAGCCCAUCUGCUGGCGUGGGGCUACAACGCGUCGACGGCGACGACCAUGGCGGCCAACUUGCUCAGCGACAAGGAGACAGUCCUGGCCAAGGCUGCGCACAGCGAUAAGAUGGACCGCCGUAGCGCUGCCCAGAAGAAGACAUUCAAAGUCAGCGACAUUGCUCGGAUGCUGCUGCCGACCGACCCGGCGCCUGUGAGCAAGGCGUAUCGCUACGUGACGCGGACGAUGCUGCCCGAUGACGUCGACGCAACACGUCUCCCGCGUGCCCUCGACAUCAUGGACGUCGUUGAGAGCGACUUUAACGCGUUUUUGUACCUCGACCUCAACAAGGUCGGGCAGCUCUUUCGCGGUGCGUGGAAGGACGUGAUUCACACCUUGGGCUUGAAUCGACUUGCGCUGGUGCCGGCGCGCGGGAUUGUCGACGGGCCGUGGCAUGAGUCGGACGCCAACAUUCGCCAUCAGAGUGAAAACCUCUGCUUCCAGACACUCCUCGCCCUCUGUGACCGUGACCCGGACGAUGAUCGCGUCUUGAAAAUCGCGGAGGCAUUGAUGCACCUCACGGAGCGCUUGCCCGAAGCAUACCUCACGUCGCCGGCCGUCGCUCCGUAGCCCUUACAACGUCUAUCGAGAUUGUACAGAGGGAAUUGAGAGUCUUUGCUUGCACCUUAUUGUUGCGACCAAGCUCAGACUAUGAGGCUAUUGCUAGAUGGUAUCCCGGUAACACGAAACUGCAU